UUGUUGAUUCUUUCUUCUGUUUUACACACAGAUGGUCUUCAUUCUCCAAAUCCUUCAUGACAAAGUAAACUUAUUUUCUUCAUCUUUAUCAUUACAACCAGUCAUCUUUCUUUUUACCACUUUGCCUCUCCUUUUCUCACAUCACCUUUAUCUUUAACAAUUUGAUUCCUCAGCAUCUCUAAGAGCUUAUAUUCACUCCAAUUUGAUGUGUAAUGUUUUCAAAUCUCAGCCAUUAUAGGAAUAAAAAUCCAUCUGUGUCUCUCCAUAGAAUCACAGCAGCACCUCACACAACAAUGGCCAAAUCAGCUUCUAAAUGCCUCUUCUUAUUCUUUCUGUCUUUCCUUUGUAGAUGUUCUUCAGGAACUCUGGUUGGUUUCUCCUACCAUGCUAAUGGAAACACUACAACUUCGUCACCAAGUAGAACAAUAUCAUUUCUGAAGCGAAACAAGAUUGCCCCGUCCCAGAUUCGAGUAUUUGUUGAAGAUCAUAGGAUUUUAAGAACUGUGUCCAACACUGGUGUAGCUGUUGAUCUCUACUUGAAUGAGGGCCAUCUUCAAAACAUCAUAAAUUCCAAAUCCACUUCAAUCUCAGGGCUUAAAUCAUAUAUAAUGCCCUUUCUCUCACAAGUAAAGAUCAAAAGCAUCAUAGCAACUAGUGGUGACUAUACAAGAAAUUAUGCUCUCCCUAUGCUUUUAUCCACCCUGAAAUCUAUACAGUUAGUCCUCUCUAGUAUCCCAGCUGACCGCGGAUCCAAGGUCUCAGUUGCAUUUCCUUUGUCAUUUUUAGAGAAUGUCAGCAUCUCACAUGGAAGAGACCUGCAUAGGAUUUGUGACCACAUCAAACAAGUGAAAUCUGCUGUCAUUGUAGAAGCCAAAAUUGAUGGAGAAUUGAGUAUGGGUGAAAGGUUUGUCCAUUCGAUGAUCGAAAAAGCCAGCCUUGCAAAUUCUCUUUUUCCUUGCAAUGAUGUCCCCUUGCUCUUGACAUUCAAGAGUCCAGCAGUUCCCAGUGCCACUGAAGUAGCCGCAUUCGCCAAUGAGGUCUCCAAAGCUUUAGAAUACAACACUCAUCUUACCAGUAGCAUAGUUGGUCUAUAUGCACAAGUAUCUCCAAUGGAAGAUUUUGCGGAAAAAGAGAUGAAAAGAGCAGAAGAACAGCUCUUUCCUUUGUCUCGCCGAGAACUCUCAAGCAAUUUUCUCCUCAAAACCACUUUACAUGAAGCAGAUGACUCCCCAUCAAUCUUCCCUACAACUCCCAUUUCCACAACACCACCAGUAACCACUCCAUACAUUCCCACACCAACUAUUGUCACUGUCCCCUCUACUAACCCGGUUACAAUAGCUCCAAUCAAUCCUAUACCUUCCACCACACCUAUUACUGUGCCUUCCACAAACCCUGUGUUUUCACCAAUACCAGAUGCCAAUCCAACCACAGCACCCCCCAUCACAGUUCCAGGAUCUCCAGUAGUAACCAACCCUGUCACAACUUACCCGCCGCCUACUGGAGCCGUUCCUGUCACGACACCAGUCACUAAUCCGGUAACACCUCCUGCAACAAGUACUAAUGCUCCUGCAGUUCCAGGGCAGAGUUGGUGUGUGGCCAAGACUGGAGCAUCAGAAACAGCAGUUCAGGCUGGUUUGGACUAUGCUUGUGGAAAGGUAGAUUGUUCACAGCUCCAGCAAGGUGGGAGCUGUUACAGUCCAGUUACUCUUCAAAACCAUGCCUCAUAUGCAUUCAACACCUAUUAUCAGAAGAAUCCAGUUUCUACUAGCUGCGACUUUGGAGGGGUUGCCACAAUUGUUACUACUAAUCCAAGUACUGGUUCAUGUACAUAUCUAUCAUCAUCGUCGUCAUCAUCAACAACCCCAACACCAACACCAACAACUCUAACUCCUCCGGUAUCAACAACUCCAUCUCCAGAACCAACAACUCCAGACCCGGCAACUCCGCUACCAGCAUCAACAACUCCUCCAGCACCAACAUUUACAUCAUUUCCACCACCAGGGGACGGUGUAUCAGGCUCUGGGACUCCACCUUCAGUUUUGAAUUCAAGCAACCCAGCAUCAUCAGGAACCAUGCCACAGUUUGGGAUGGACAGCUCUCCUGGUUUUAACAGCUCAACAUCCUCAUCGGAGAGCUUGCGGCCCUUUGUUAGUUUUAUCUUUUUAGUAACAGCCUUAGUUACUAAAUUAAUGGUUAUUUACGUAUAGAAGUAUGAUAUCCUCUCCCCUGAAAGGUUACUUCAAGCUGUGUAGAUAACUACGUAUGCAAGCAAGGAAGCAAAGCAAGUGGAGGAAGCAUGUUCUAGAUGAAGGUGCGUACUCUUCUACAUCUAUAUUGGGCUGCCAUGGAAGUACGAAAUUACAAACUCGUUGAGGUUGAGACUUGAGAUGUGUCAAUAGAGUUUUGUCAUAUUGUAUAUCUUUUGGUUGAGUAUGAGUAUUUUAGUUCUAUGUAGUGAGGUCAGGGUAGUAGAUUUAAUGUUAAUAUUGCUUCAGACAUGUACCGACAGCGCAGUAGUAGUGAUGACCAUUCAGUUUCUAUAAACAGCUAAGAACAGGCAAAAUCGAAAUAUAACAUUUCGAGAAGCAAUAUGCAUUUACACUAAAAUAUGUACUG